UCAGUUAUCGUUGAAUCGUUGCAGAGAGAGUUUUUAAAUUUUGUGAACACUUCCCGGUCCCAUAGUUUGGACUAAAUUGAGGCUUUUGUGGUCGACACAGCUCAGAGCUGCUGGUACUGAUCAAGUACGCAUAUAAAGUAUGGUCAAAAGUUUCUGGCAAAUAAUUAGUUGAUUGGUAACUUGUUUUAAAUCCGGACAUGACUGUGGUGCUCUUCAACAAAUACAUGUGCAACGAUCAAAUCGAAUAGGUGCCAGUCAUUUACACAAACCGAACUUCGAAAAGUAUAGCAACUGUGAUAAUUUUGCAAAGAAUAUUAAGGUAAUUACGAGUUUAUUUACCUCGCCAGAGGCGAGAAUCGACAGUCAGCUUAAUUUUGCUUCGAAUAAACAUGCCACCAGAUCGACUUUUGGUGGAUGUUUAAAAUUACGAAAAACAAUUGCAUUAAAAUUCGAAUUCGUCGUGCGGAGCUGGAUUGAACGGUGAAUAAGGUGAAGUUUUAAGCUCAAUGCGUAUGUGCAAUAUAGCUACGGAAAAACAGUGAACAGCAAAGAUCAACUUCACUUAGACCAUUCAGGCUAUAAAUAAUGAAAAGAUAUUUUUAGUUAAACAACACACACCCAUACAAUCGUGUUCGAAUCUAGUCAGCGGGGAUUGAGACAACCAGUGCGAGAGAAAAGAGAAUAUAAAACGGGACGAAAAGAAAAUGCCUACCGCGAUCAUUGCCAUCGAAAGGUGUGCGAUCGUCAUCCCAUAGAGUAUCAAAAUUUCUUCCCGACGCCCUCUGUAUUACGCGUACAUGGACACAUAUGGAAUUAGUAGUACGCGCGUUUGACUACAAAUAGUGUAGAUUAUUUUCGGCAUGCCGAAGAAAACUCGUUAAGCGAAAGAGAAAGAGAACGAACAACAGGAAAAUUUUGUAGUGUUGAUCUUUCUCGUCUCGAAAAUAAAACAAGACGACACCAAGACACACCGGCAAUAAAAGCCGGAAAAUCGUUUAAGUGAGUUAACAAGCUAGCCGACAUUUGACAACGUGUGCGUGUUUCUGCUGUAACACAAUUUUCCCAACGCGCAACGUGGUUUGUCGCCUAGUGUGUCGCACCUUCGGAAUUCUCUGCUGGGAAAUAUUGAGGUUACAUUUUGUGAUUGCUGAUCAACCGUAAUGGGCCUCGAGGGUGUUCAACCUAGGCAGAACGGCUCCAACGGGCUGUACUCGUCGUCCCUACAAUGGUACUAUCUGCCCAAUGUGGACCACUCGAGUGAUUCGAUACAGGCAAACUCUAAAUUACUGCCACCCUUAUGGAGUCCAUUUCCGACGUCGCAAAGUUAUUCCAACGGGGCCAACGAUUUAAUGUCGCCUUUGGCCGAUACUAUCAGCGAGUUGUGCGAGCAGUUUACCGAUCUCAGUUUAUUUGGUCUCGGUCACAAUCCAAACUGUUCUCCGCAGCAGCAGCAACAGCUUGGUAGUCCGAACGGAAAUAAUCCACGGUACACGAAUGGUUUGAGUUGUUUCAAUGGUUUUGCUAACGAAAGCGGCUGUGGGGGUGGCAGUGGCAACGGGACCAGCGUCAAUACCCAUGGAAACCGUUUGACUAACUUAACAGGUAAUGCUGGUUACCUGGAAGGUUGUUGUGGUAGUCCAAUGAAUCAUCAAAAUCAAUAUCAGCAUCAGCAUGGUCAGCGACAUGAUCAUCAUCUCUUGUCUACGGUGAAUGCACAGUCAAGCCAAAAAUACAGCAAGAUACCACCGGCUAACUAUUUAUGUCAUCUCUGUUUCAAGAAAGGUCACUAUAUUCGAGAUUGUCCGCAGGCUCGUCCUAAGGCCGAAGGGAAAACACCUUACCAGGGUAAAAAGCGCUGUUUCGGGGAGUACAAGUGUCCAAAAUGUAAGAGAAAGUGGAUGUCAGGGAAUUCCUGGGCUAAUCAUGGACAGGAAUGCAUUAAAUGUCAUAUCAAUGUCUAUCCUCAUAAACAGCGUCCUCUGGAAAAACCCGACGGGCUGGAUGUGUCCGAUCAAUCCAAGGUCCAUCCACAACUGUUAUGUGAGAAGUGCAAAACACUUGGUUACUAUUGCAGAAGAAUUCAAUAGCACUUUGUGCUAUGUUUUUGUUUAUAGAGCAACUAUAUAUCUGAAGCACAUAAUUCGCGUGUUAACCCCUGACUAUUUGGACCAGCAUUCUGACUAUCUUCCAUUUUAUUUAUACUUUGAGAAAUAUUGAAACUAUGUUUUUGUGCGUUUAUUGCAGCCCACAUUCACGGUUUUGUGUGAGUCAUGCGUUACGAGAAGCAGGAAACCACGUGCCAUUAUGUUUUUUUAAACGAUCGACUAAUCUUAGAAGAAAACGCUCAGCUGCCAGUUGAAAGGAACUAAUCUGUAUAUAGUAAUGUUCUAUCGUUUUUUUUGAAUAUGUUUGUGACAUUUUUAUCUAUCGAAGCAUUAUAUACAUAUAUUGGAAGUAAGUCGACCUAUGACUUAACUGAGCGAUAAAAAUACUCUGAACGAAAACUGUUACCGUACUAAACAAACCACCAAAAUGCCAAAUAAAGUUUUACUCUGA